UGUAUGUCUGUGUAGUCUGUCAAUGUUCACCUAGUGUAGUCUGUCAAUGUUCACCUAGUGUAGUCUGUCAAUGUUCACCUAGUUUAGUCUGUCAAUGUUCACCUAGUGUAGUCUGUCAAUGUUCACCUAGUUUAGUCUGUCAAUGUCACCUAUGUA